AUGCGGUACAGCCUGAGCUCGAUGGCGUUUGGCGCUCGUCGCAGCUCGCUGCUCGGCACUGCUCACCGGUCCGCCUGUGUGGCCCCCAGCGCGGGUCUCCUUGUGUCCUGGCGUCCCCGCGCCUGUGCGCCGCGGCCUCGGGCCCGGGAGGUGACGGACGUUUGUGGACCGGAUGAGUUCGGAAGGCGAGCCAGGCUUCCUCGUUUCCGAAGCACCGGCGGAGGUCACCACAUAUGUUCGCGGGACAGCCUUCAGAUUUCCACCCUUGUCUGCUCCACCAAACUCACACAGAACGUGGACCUCCUGGGCUUGCUAAAAUGGCGCUCCAACAUCAGGGCUCUGAACGAGAACCUGAAGAAGCUGAUGAAGGUGGAUGGAGGUGAAGUCGUCAAGUUCUUGCAGGAUACGCUGGAUGCUCUGUUCAGUAUCAUGAUGGAAUUUUCGGACAGCAACACAUACGACAAGCUGGUGUUUGAUGCCCUGGUGUUUCUCAUUGGGCUGAUAGCAGACAGGAAGUUCCAACACUUCAAUGCUGUACUGGAAGCUUACAUUCGACAGCACUUCAGUGCUACCUUGGCUUACAAGAAGUUGCUGUCAGUGCUGACGGAGUAUGUGGACACAGCGAGCCGCGGCCUCGACUGCGAGCCUCUCAAACGAGCAUUCAAAGCAUUGGAGUACAUCUUCAAGUUCACCGUCCGUUCAAGAUGCCUCUAUUCGCAGCUGUAUGAGGGCAAGGAGAAGAAGGAGUAUGAUGAUUCGGUGCGAAUACUACUGGAGAAAUUCAACGUCCUGAUGAAGUCACCACUGGAAGGCAACACGUUGCUGAUGCAGGGAGCUUCCCUCAAGUACUUGCCGAUGAUUCUUCAAGAUGUUGCAACGACCUUUGAUCCGGUCUUACUGAGCCACUUGUUGCACGAUUUCAUCAGGAGCCUCCCUCCGGAUCGACUGAUGAAGCAGAAGUUGCAGUCGAUGACUGCCAUCGUGGGCACCCAGCUGUUUAAGAUGGAAGGUAAAACCUUCUGAUACAACCAUAUCAGCGUGUAACGCUGAGGCUCUGUAAGGCUCUGGUCAGGCCGCAUUUAGAGCAUUGUGAGCAGUUUUGGGUCCCCUAUCUGGGGAAGGAUUAGCUGACAUUGGAGAGGAUCCAGAGGAGGUUUAUGCGAAUGAUCCCAGGAAUCAUUGGGCUGUACAUGUUUAGUUUUGUUUAGUUUAGAUCCAGCAUGGAAAC